AUGGGUAUCAAUAAUCCCAUUCCCAGAAGCUUGAGGAGUGAGUCUAAAAAAGCAGCAAAAGUUCUUGCCUCAUUUAUCAAACCGAACCAAUUGGCCGGUCCAGAUGAGAUUAUCCCACCAAAAAUCUUGAAAAACGCCAAAGGUUUGGCCAUCAUCACCGUCUUGAAAGCCGGUUUUCUUUUUUCCGGAAGGGCAGGCUCAGGUGUUAUUGUUGCCAGAUUACCAAAUGGAGAAUGGUCUGCGCCAUCUGCUAUCAUGACUGCUGGUGCAGGUAUGGGUGGUAUGAUUGGCGCUGAGUUGACCGACUUUGUGUUUGUCUUGAAUACCAAGUCAGCCGUUGACUCUUUUGCCCAGAUGGGUUCCGUGACCUUGGGUGGAAAUGUCUCUGUUGCCGUGGGACCGUUGGGUAGAAGUGGUGAAGCUGCAGGUACAGCUUCAUUGAGUGCCGUUUCUGCGGUUUUUGCUUACUCCAAGACCAAAGGCUUAUAUGCUGGUAUUUCGCUUGAAGGAUCAGCAAUUAUUGAAAGAAGAGAUGCUAACAGCAAAUUUUACGGUGAGAAUAUCAAAGCUAGGCAAAUUUUGGCGGGUGAAGUUGAACCACCUCCAGCCUGUGACUCCCUUAUGAGAGUAUUAGAUUCCAGAGUGUUUAAUAAUAGAUCACCAUACGACGAGGACGAUUUCUACAAUGAUGAGUAUUAUGAUGACAUCCCAGAUGAGUUUUCAGACACUACAUCAGAGUACUCGGAGACUCCACGGAGACGCCGUGGUGCAGCAGGAGGUGGAUCCAUUAGAAGAUCACACGGAGGCAGCAGAAGAAGACGGUACUCAGAUGAAUAUUCAGAUGAAGAUGAUUAUUCCGAUGAAAGCGAUGAUUAUGGCUAUGGAAGGAAUAGACGAAGAGGCGCAAGCGGUGGUGGAUAUGCUGGAGACAGAGACAGAGACAGAGGAGGGUACAGCGGUGAAAGAGAUAGGGACAGACGUACAGGAUCAAACAGAGGGUCUACUAGGGGAUCUUCAGGUGCUGGCCUAUCUAGUUCAAGGACGCAAACGACAUGGGAAGACGACAUUUACGACUCUGGUUAUAAUGGAAAAACUAGAUCUAGAGGCAACAGUGAUGUUGAUCGAUUGAAUGCAAGAUUGGGGAACACUAGAUUGUCUCCAAAUAAAAACAGCAGCGGGCCAUCUAGACCUGCUUCUUCAUCGAAACCAAACUUUGGAGGCGCCAGUUCGGGUGCCGGUUCUGGUGCCGGUGUUUAUGGACAAAGAUCUAAAGCCAACUCAAACCAGGCAAGAGCCUUGUAUUCUUUCAAAGGUGAACAAAGUGGUGAUUUGCCAUUCAAAAAAGGAGAUGUCAUUGAGAUUUUAAAAAGAACUGAGACCGUUGAUGAUUGGUGGACAGGCAGAAACAAUGGAAUAACAGGCAUAUUUCCUGCAAACUACGUUGAGCUUCUUUAA